GGUGCACAUAUGGCCGCGGAGCCGUGGGCUGGCGCCCACGCCUCCGCCGCCGCCGCGAGCUCGGUCGCGCUAGAGGCCGCCGAGCUGACCGCUCUCGCAGAGGCCGACUCAACGCUCCUCGACGGCCUGCGUGAGGACCGGUGCGAGUCCGCUGCACGGCUCCUACUGCAGGCUGACUUCAUGCUCUGCGCCACCGGGGCGGGCAUGUCUGUUGGCUGCGGCAUGAGCACGUACCGCACCUACAGCUCGACAGGUGAGGAAUCCGCGGCGCGAGUCGGAGGCAGCAGCGGCGACGAUGGCGACAGCGACUACGCUGGUCCUCUGUAUGAGGCGCUGGCUUCGGCCGAGACGCUGCGCCUCGACCCAGCCUCCUUUCACGCCUUCAUGUGCUCCUUUUUCAACGACGCGCAAGAGGCGCGCCGCACCGCCGGCUACCGCACGCUGCGGGCGUGGCAGGACUGCCUCUUCUCGAGCGGGCACGCCUUCACCUUCACCUCGAACGUGGACGGGAUGCACCUCCGCGAGGGCUUCGCCUGGGUCUUCGAGUGCCACGGGUCGAAGAUGCGGUGGCAGUGCAGCAAGCCGUGCCGCGACGAGGUGUGGGAUCUGUUGCUGUACCCGUCCUUCCGUUUCCCUUCUGCGCGGCCCGCAAAGCGUCGGCGGCUGCAAGAGCAGGACGAGGCGCCCUCUGCGGAAGACAGCGGCGCGGCGGCGGAGGGCGCGGCGGCGGAGGGCGCGGUGGCGGAGGACGCGGCGGCGGAGGGCGGCGGGCUGACGGAGGCCGUGGGCGAGAACAGCCCCACCUCGGCGGCUGCCUCCGCCGCCCGCUUUGUCGGCCAGUUCGACGUUGGCGACGCCACUCCUCCCGCGCCCUCCUGCCCGCACUGCAGCUCCGCCGCCAGGCCGGCGGUCCUCCUCUUUGGCGAAGAUUACGCCUCGCGGCACGAGGCCGGCGGGCAGGCGGAGGAGUGGGCGGCGUGGAAGCAGUGGGUCCUGGACGCCCUGGCGGCGGACCGCAGCAAGCGCCUCGUCGUCAUCGAGAUUGGGGCCGGCACCGCCGUGCCUUCCGUUCGCGACGCGGGCGAGUCGCUCCUUCGGAGGGCUGGGAGUCGGCAGUGCACUCUAGUCCGGAUCAACCCGACGCCGAUGCUCGGCGACAACACCACCGAUGGCGUGCUGAGCAUCAAGUGGGGCGCAGAGGCCGCGAUCGCGCACAUCAACGAGUGCGUGCGCAAGCUCGCGCGAGAGAGCGUUGAUUAGCGCACGUGUUCAUCGGUCAGGUUUUUCUCUCU